GCAACGGGGUCCUGUUUUGACAUUUACCGAUGUUAAAUUAAUUACUAAACAUAAUUUUUAAGCCCACAUUUUAUAAUACUUAUAAGCGGCACACUGACUGGACCAUGCAAAGAGUACGCAAUAUUUAUUUUUAUUUGAAGGAUGAAAUCUCAUUUUCAGGUGUGUCGGGGGGAAAAAAACUAUAGUUAGUAACAAGAAUAAUAUAGAAGCUACUGUCUAAAAAUUUAUAAACUACUGCUACUACUACAAAUAAAACUUAAGUACCUAUAAUAUAUUCAUACUGUGCCUUCGGAAAGUAUUCAGACCCAUUUGAAUUCUUCCACAUUUUGUUAUGUGUGGUGAAACACCAAAGGGAUCUCCCCUGUGUCCCUUUUCCCCCUAUAUCCCCACCCGUCUUUGAACCUCCAGAAAAAUCUGAACACAAUCACCCGAAUCUGCCACCCGCUCACCUCCUAACUCAACCUCACAGUACCAAGAAACUCCCGCUCCACCCCUCAACGACUCCUCUGAGGAAUGGGAAAAACUGUUAGACUCAUUGUUGCUAGAGUAAUAGGCUCUGUCAUAACCAGAGGCCCAUAUAUGCACUGUAAGAAAAGUAUUUCCUGUUGUAAGAUAUGUCAUCACCCUCUCUGCUCUGGGGGAAUGGGAGGAGCAGCGGAUCGGGUGCAGAGAAUCAAAAGGUAUAUAAAGAGACAUUUGCCAUUACUUUGGCGCUGACUUCUUGAAUUCUGAAUUCAUUUAGACAACCAUUUGACUUCGGGUAAUUUGCCACCUGACUCAAAUCACUUACAGAUUCUAACUUGCUGGAACUUGGGCUCUUGCCGUUUAGCUAUUGGACAGUAGUUUUGUCGUCAGAGUUCCUUUGGCCUGGCAGAAUCAGGAUGCAAAAUAUCUUAAUUGAUUGAGCUCCUCAUCCCGGCUAGGUAUUUCUCGCCACAGACACUGCGGUAGCUCAGCGGAGAACCUCUGAUCUCUCCAGUCUAACUUGAAUCUCUAAAAUUAGUAAACCACCGACUUCAAGUCAACCUCUCAGCCAGUAGACGGGAGUCGCUACUAACUAAAUUCAAAAAGAACUCUGACCGAUUGAAACUCUGCUCCUGAUCUCGUGGGUCUCCUCGUCAUCUCUCAAAGGUUCUGCUGCUUGAUGGCAGAGGCCAUCUACUUGGUCGUCUUGCUGCCAUUGUGGCUAAGCAAGUUCUGCUGGGACACAAGGUGGUAGUUGUGAGAUGUGAGGGUAUCAACAUCUCUGGGAACUUCUACCGUAACAAAUUGAAGUACCUGGCUUUCCUGCGUAAAAGGAUGAACACCAACCCCUCUCGUGGACCAUACCAUUUCAGAGCUCCCAGCAGAAUCUUCUGGAGGACCGUAAGGGGCAUGCUCCCUCACAAAACCAAAAGAGGACAGGCUGCAUUGGAAAGGUUGAAGGUGUUUGAUGGUGUCCCCCCUCCUUAUGACAAGAGGAAGCGCAUGGUCGUACCUGCCGCCCUGAAGAUUGUGCGUCUGAAGCCCACUCGCAAGUUUGCCCUCCUUGGACGUCUGGCCCAUGAGGUUGGCUGGAAGUACCAGGCUAUCACAGCCACUUUGGAAGAGAAGAGGAAAGAGAAGGCCAAGAUCCGGUAUACCAAGAAAAAGACCGAGAUCAAGCUGUCGAAGCUGGCAGAGAAGAACGUGGAGAGCAAGAUUUCAAAGUACACUGCUGUCCUUAAACAAUACGGUGUCCUUGUCUGAGCUUGUUCAUGGUUGCCUAUAAAGAUAGAUAAAUGUUU